AUGAAGCUCCUCACUCUCAUCUCUGCUCUCGCUACUGCGAGCCUCGUAUCCGCGGAUCAGAGGUCUCAACUUGAACAUCCCAAUUGGCGCGCGAACAGACUGAGUGCUCGUGGUAACACAUGCCCUAGGCCGAUGUGCCAAACACCUCCUUCUCAGGGGCCAAAUGACGCUCCUGCCUGCGGCGACUCAUACGCAGCGUGCAAGUUCGACCAGUUCCCUUGCGACGACCACAUGACUCCCAAGGUUACCGACACCCACCAUUGCUACUGUAUCUUUGCCGAUAACCGAGCAAUGACUGCGUGGUGCCGGGAACGCGGAUUCAAGAGUGGUAACAACCCUUGGAUCUACCACUACGCGGCUCAGUGCUACGGCGCUACGAGCGACAAGGUCUGCAACGACUUUUGUCAGUUUCAAGACCUCGGAAAUGGCCGAAUCAACAAAGCAAACCCGAAUGGGCCAUGUGCAUGUGAUAAGCCUUGGCCGCCUGCUGAUUUUUGUUAA